AUGGAGUCAGAAGCACGGCCAGAACCGCAAAGUACAGCCGAUCUAUCCGAUUCUAGCGAUGGUGAAGGAAUAACCGCUGCACGAGUACUACAGGAAAUAGAAAAUGCUUGGUUGAACGAAAAGUUUGCUCCAGAGAUCCUUCCACACCAAUCCGACUUUGUUGAUUGCAUGUUACAGCAAAUAUCUCACAUGGAAGAUAACAUGCAGAAGUUAAAAAAGACCGACUUAAGAUUCACUGUGCACAAGAUGGAAAUAGACCGGAUAAGAUUUGUCAUCGCAAGCUACCUCAGGACUAGGUUAGAAAAGAUUGAACAGUUUGCGAUAAGCAUUUUGUCAGACGAAGCAAAGCGGCCUCCAGAUGAAGGAUACUUGACACCAGGUGAACUGAAGUUUGCUAAGGAAUACGUUGCUAAUAUCGAGACACUAUUCACAUCCAUUGCGCUUCAAUACAUGCCUAGACAAUUCCAAGCCUUUGAUACUAAACAAUUGAUGCUGAAACCGAACUUAUUAGCCCAUGUAUUCCUUAGAGUAAAUAGAGACGUUAAAGGUAUCGCCCUCCCUGGAACAAACGAGAUAAUUGACCUUGACGCCGGUACACAACAUAUACUUCCAUACCAACCAAUUGCUAGUUUAUUGAAAGAAGGGGCUGUACGCUUGAUAUGAUAUUUCCAAUGGUAGAAAUCUUUGUAUAAAUUGUAUGUUGUUUCAACAUUUGUCAGGCUCAUUAGUUAAAUAUAUUCCAAGGAUUUACAAACCAUAUGAUUUUUUCAUGAUAUUUGUGUUCUAGGUAAAUAUAAAAUACAUAACAAAAGUAAUACACUA